AGGGCUGCGAUACACCGCAGUGCUGCAUGGACCCCUCGUCACCGGCCGAUGGUGCCGUGGUCGCCUUCGAGGAGCCACGAUGAUCAGCCAGGGCACGAGGGGCCGUGGGGGCACGGCCGCCCGUCCCGAGUUCGCCAAGGAGGCGCAGCGAGGAGACGUGCCACUGGCCAGGUUCGGGCACACUACCACGCCGGUUGGAGGUGGUCGGGUUGUGCUGUUCGGCGGCGCAACUGGGGACUCAGGCCGCUACACCAUUACCGCGGACGCGUACAGUCUCGAUACCAAUACGGACACAUGGGUGAAGAUAACUGCAGAGGACACCAGCGCUUCCCUCUUCCAUUGCUGGAUGCGCCCUUCGAACGUGCGAUGAUGAG